AUGCCUGUUCCCAUUCAAAUCAUCCAUAUCCACUAUCGUGGCAAGCUUCUCAACCUCCUCGACUCGGACAACCAGACGCCUCUCUACCGCGUCAAAGUAGGGUCGCAUUCGCCACAGAUGGAGCUGUUCCGUGUCGAGCACAACCAUCUGCCCUCUGAAUCUCAGGGCACGCCCUUCUCUACCUCAUCUGUCCUCCCAAUUUGUACCGCGACCUUCAAGAUCGUUAGCCUGCAAGUGAAACUCAAGGUACGCGGCCAAGAGGUCCAGCUCGAGCGCGAGAGUCUCCUCACGCGAACCUACAACUUCCACAGCUCCGUGGCUAACGUGGAUUUGACGUGGACGGCCGACGGAGCCCUGACCGGCGACUACCAGCUGAGCGUCGCCCACGGUGGCGUCGUUGCGCGUUUCCGAAACAGGCUGUUUUCCAACCAGGAAGUUGGGACGUUUGAACUAGUGGGCGAUAUCGAGGACAGAUUUCUAGAUGAGAUCGUCAUCAGCGGGCUGGCGAUGCUGGCGAUGGUCCAGAGUCUGAAUCUCGCUGGCAUGUUAAUUGAACUUGCUUUCCGGUCUUGCCCCUCUUUGGGUGUGACAAUCGAGGCCUGCUAUCCGCUCUGCUUUAUUUCAUUGCAAAUCGCAGACUUUCGAAAUGGCAACGUAGGGUCUCUUCCACGGCGUUACGCAUACGAAGGCCUCUUCUGCAAUCUGUGCGGCGGCAUAAUCGGAGGUCAGAAUGAAUUCCUGGCUUGUAGUCCGUGGUCUACAAUGGUCCUUGAUGCGAAUGAGGACUGGCACAGACAAGUGAGCAUACAGGGAUUUGCGGAAGGACGGCCCAGCGACCUGACGAGUCUGUAUUUCUCGCUACCCUGGAUGUGGAACCGCUUUUACAGGGCCAUUAUGCAUAUCAAAUGGGGAUUGGAUCAGCAAUUUAAGUUGACCAGGGUGGGAAUGGUGACGCCUUGCAACGUAGAGAUGGUUCGACUACCCAUCGACUACGACGAUAUGGUACUAGGGGACCCAAAGAUCGCCCCACGGCGCCACGACGAGGCUUAUCUAGAACCACGGAGCCAUAGACACAACUACGACAACCCUCGACUCAAUCCCAUCGCCUACCUCAUGCACGAGCGAUGCUGGGCGUUGAUGACCCGCAUUCUCGACGUCGGUCUAAUCACCGCGCAUUUGAGAGAAUUCCGUCAAGCUCUGUGGCAGACUCGACAGACCAUUAACAUGUUUUUGCCGCUCAAGUACCAUGAAGAACCGUGGUGGCCUAACUGGCGUCGCAUCUAUGGAGACCAAUCUUUCAUUCCUACCGGAAUUUGGAGGCAAGGUUCACGAAGCCUCUCGACCAUCGAUCGCGAGAAGAAGCGAUGGCUUUCCGAAAAAGCGAGGAGUGAAUCCAAGAAGGGAGGGGCGAGGCCAAGCAAGCGGGUUGCUGUCCAGCCAACGAUUCCUCUCACGCAGAAGCAACGAGUCUUGCGACCAAUCUGGCGAAGCGUUGCCGCCGUUGUUCUACUUCCUCCAGAGUUGACCAUGGUUAUUGUUGGAACAAUAUUGUCAACCAGGCCAGAGAGGUGGAGUAUCCUGACCUAA